AUGCACACUCUUCCGUUAUCGUUCGCGCUAUUAACAUAUACCGGAUACUGGCGACCCAUUAACUUGACAUUUAUCAAAUAUUGGGCGUACAUCAUUUAUUCUAUCGUAAUGAAUUUUCUACUUUACUCAUUCACAUUUUGCGGUUUAGUCGACUGUUUCAUAACAAAGGAUCUCGAGACGUUUAUCGAAAAAUUCUCGCUGUUUCUGUCGGUAUUCGGCGUUAGCUGCAAAGUGGCGAACCUGUCGCUACGUCGAGAUGAGAUCAUUGGUCUCACCAAUAUGCUCCUACAAGAUAUCUGCGUACCCCGAAACGAUCAGGAAAUGAAUAUUCAGCGACGCUUCGAUCGCAGUGCAAAAAUAAUUACCAUAUGCUGCGAAAUACUGAACGAGUCAGCCGUCUUCUUCGCCACGAUCGCUCAAUUCCAGUACUUUAUUAGCACUCGAACCUUACCAUUGUCCGAUUGGGUGCCCUAUGAUAUAUCGUCAACAACCGCUUUCUGGGGUACUAUGUUGCAUCAAACCAUCGGAUUAAUGAUAUGUGCGAACGCCAGCGUUGCCCACGAAACUCUCAUAUCUGGUUUUAUGAUACAAACCUGCGCCCAGCUAGAUAUACUCUGCCAUCGCGCUCGUACAUUACCGAGUUCGCUACAAGAAGCCCAGAAAUGCAGCACUUCGAAGGAAGAUUUUAAGGUGCGAGAACAGCGAUUAAUUCGCGAUCUCGUUCAUCAUCAUCGCUAUGUAUAUAGAUUUGCUGAACGCAUUAAUGCAGUGUUUACGCUAAUGAUUUUGGUACAAUUCACCAUAAGUUCGACAGUGCUUUGUCUUAGCAUCUAUAAAAUGUUGACGAAAAAUUUGUUGAGUCUUGAAUUUGCGUGGAGCUCGUCAUAUCUUGGUUGUAUGCUUAUGCAGAUUUAUUUGUACUGCUGGUUCGGUAACGAAGUAACUUUGAAGAGCACUGAAAUCGGAAGUGCAGUUUAUGAAAUGGAAUGGUCGAUGCUUCCUGUUAAUUUAAUAAAGACUCUCUUAAUAAUAAUCACGCGAGCUAAGAGACCAAUUAAAAUAACUAGUGGAUACAUAGUUACUUUGUCCAACGAUUCGUUUAUGAAGAUCAUCAAAAUAUCUUAUUCAGCGUACAACGUCCUGCAAGGAUCUUAA